AUGAAUCACGAUCCAUAUCAAUGGGGUAGACCCUCGAACGAGACCUAUGGAGCUUACAACUACAACAUCGCCAAUGCCAACAAUGAAGAGUUUAAAGACUACAACCACCAUGCACAUCAAUUCCCCAAAAUGAAUACUCAACAGCCUAUAAUCACUGGUACAUCGGUUAUAGCCUCCAAAUUUGCCAACGGUAUCAUUAUGGCUGCUGACCAUGUUGGGUCUUAUGGGUCCUUGUUGCGUUUCAACAAUAUUGAGCGGUUGAUUAAAGUGGGACUGGAGACUGUUGUUGGCGUAUCGGGGGACAUAUCCGAUUUCCAAUAUAUAACUAGACUUCUUGACGAAUUGGAGAUUGAAGAAGAGGUUUAUGAUAAUGAUGGUGGAAAUUACUUGAAAGCUCCUAAUGUGCAUGAAUAUUUGUCUAGAGUUAUGUACAAUAGAAGGUCAAAGAUGGAUCCAUUAUGGAACAGUAUUGUUGUUGGUGGGUUUGAUGCUGACAGGAAACCAUUUUUGAAAUACGUUGACUUGUUGGGAGUCACUUAUCAUGCAUCUACCAUUGCCACUGGGUUUGGGUCACAUUUGGCUAUCCCAUUGUUGAGAAACUUGAUACCGGAGGAUAAGGACUAUGUCAAGAUCAAUGAGGAUCAAGUGAGGAAAGUAGUUGAUGACUCAAUGAGGGUGUUGUUCUAUAGAGAUGCAAGAUCAGGAGAAGUGUAUUCGUAUGUGGUCAUCAAGUUGGAUGAGGAGUCGGGAAAGGUCAAAUUUGAGUUUGUCAAAGAUGCCAAAGUAGAGAACCAAAGUUGGAGGUUUGCAAAGGAUAUCAGGGGGUAUGCCAGUAAACAGCAAUAG